AAAAUGGUUAAAGAACUGAAAAAUCCAUUGGACGUUGCAGGCAUAAUCGCAGGGGGCGGUGGCGGAGGGAGAGAUCGGUACAGCGGUGGUUCCGCUUCCGCUCUGAGCUGCGGUGGCGAGAAGAUUCGAGAGGAUAGGCAGGGAAGAAUGGUGGACGGGAAGACGAGAAUCAGGAGAGAGAGGGAAGAGGACACGAAGAGCGCGGACAACGUGUCGAGAGGCGCCCCCUCGAGGCAGAGUUUGUUGGAGCUGGUCAGCAGUAAAUGCAUGAGCCGCCACACGCCCACGCAUCAUUACUAUCAUCAGCAACAGCAGGUAUACUCGGUGCCACAGAGAUACUUCAGUUCAUCCCGAGACUCGCUUCACGGUGCUUACGUGAACCGAGGGGCAAGCGAGUUCGAUCUAAGUCGAAAACCGAAGAGAAGGGACCAGCUGAGGGGCAGAUUCAAGCUACCGUAUACCGUAACGCUCUCGCGAGAUCAAUCACAUUUGCACACACCGGCAUCUGUCAAUCAUUUGAGCAAUAGCAGCUGCAACGGCACCGAGACGAGGUACACGGUGCAACAGCAACAGCAGCAACGCGGUAGCAGAGGUUACCCGGGUCAAGCGGGGACGAAAGGUUUUCGUACGGGUGCCCCUAAUUGGUCCUUCAUCUUCGAUCCCGCGGGACGUCUCUGUUACUAUUGGUCGAUGGUCGUUUCCCUCGCCUUCCUUUACAACUUCUGGGUCAUCAUCUAUAGGUUCGCCUUUCAAGAAAUAAACGGCGAAACGCGGUGGGUGUGGUUCUGCUUGGACUACUUCUCCGAUUUUUUAUACGUACUGGACAUAGUGUUUCACAUCCGAACCGGAUAUUUGGAGGACGGUGUCUUGCAAACAGACGCGACCAAGCUACGAAAUCAUUAUACGAACAGCACUACGUUUUACAUGGACAUCCUGUGCCUGCUGCCCCUCGAUUUUUUAUACUUAUCUAUAGGAUUCAACAGUAUACUUCGAAGUUUUAGGCUCGUGAAGAUAUAUCGGUUCUGGGCGUUCAUGGACAGAACCGAGCGACACACCAACUAUCCGAAUUUAUUCCGCUCCACCUCCUUGAUACAUUAUUUAUUGGUGAUCUUUCACUGGAACGGGUGCCUCUAUCACAUUAUUUAUAAGAACAACGGGUUCGGAAGUAAGAACUGGGUAUUCAGCGAUUCCGAGACCGCGGACGUGGUAAAACAAUAUUUGCAAAGCUACUACUGGUGCACGCUGGCCCUCACCACCAUCGGUGAUCUUCCCAGACCAAGAAGCAAAGGCGAGUAUUUGUUUGUAAUAGCUCAGCUACUGUUCGGCCUGCUGUUAUUCGCCACGGUGCUCGGACACGUAGCCAACAUCGUAACUUCCGUGAGCGCGGCCAGAAAGGAGUUUCAAGCAAAGUUGGAUGGUGUGAAAACGUACAUGAGGAUGAGAAGAGUGCCGAAGCAUCUUCAGGUGAAGGUGAUCAAAUGGUUUGAUUAUUUAUGGUUGACGCAAAAAUGCUCAGACGAAGAGAAAGCCGUCAGCUGUCUUCCCGACAAACUGAAAGCCGAAAUCGCGAUAAACGUGCACCUGGACACGCUGCGGAGAGUGGAAAUAUUCCAGAACACGGAGGCUGGCUUCUUGUGCGAGCUAGUUCUCAGAUUGCGACCCGUUCUUUUCUCACCUGGCGAUUAUAUUUGUCGCAAAGGUGAGGUAGGGAAGGAGAUGUACAUAGUGAACAGAGGGCGACUACAGGUGGUGGCCGAUAACGGGAAGACAGUUCUCGCUACCCUUAAGGCUGGUUCCUACUUCGGGGAGAUCAGCAUUCUCAAUAUGAGGACUGCAGGUAACCGACGAACAGCCAGUGUACGCUCGGUGGGCUACUCGGACCUUUUCGUCCUUAGUAAGAAGGAUAUGUGGGAUGUAUUAAAGGAGUAUCCUGCGGCUAGGAUCAGAUUAGAAGCCAUUGCAGUGAAAAGAUUGGAAAAAUACAAGAGAGCUCCUCUCGAGAAAGCUGCAAUGGGUCGAUGUCAAAGCACGCCAGGACUCGUGGAGUCACGAGGUCGUAUACCAUUGGAGGAGAUGUGGGUUUCGCCUGUGGAUACAAAGUCCACUCACGCGUACUCGACCGGCCACUCGUUGUUCUCCCCCAGCCCGAGUCCUGUGACGUCGCGUGGUUUGGCCAGCACCAACGUCAACGUGAACAACGUUGCGAGAAGCAUGGAUAGUCCGAUGAGUGCCACUAGCAGCGGCCACAGCAGCGAGGACCAAACCACCAGGGCACCGCAAUCCGCCACACGCAGGCAAUCCACCCACUCUGGAAUAACCUGCAACAGUAUGACGCAAUUAGUCGGCGAAGGUGCCACACCACUUUUAGGCACUAAUGAAGCUUUAUUAGCCGAAAUUAAACGUCUUCGAGAACGUCUAGUUUGUUUGGAGUCUGAAAAUGCUGCGAUGAGUGCUAAACUGAAUCAACAACAAUGGGAAGUAGAAAAUCGAUUGGCCGAAAUCGAGAUGCAGAUUUGCGGUGCUAAGCGCGGCAAAACAAAAAUAGGGCGAAUACGACAUUAUUUGUCUGAAACUACGGAUGAUAGAUAUACAGCAGAUGAUCGAGAAGAAUUUGAAGAAGCUAGAAUCUCUGGAAGAUCUAGUGAUACGAAAUCAAUAGGUAGCCUCAGUCAACAUUUCUUUGAAAGUGACGAAGACGAGAAAUAUUAUGGUACUUGUAAUGGUUAUGUUUCUCAGCCUGGCAGUAAAUCAAACUUAUUGCUAUGCAGUGAAUGUGAUCAGAAAACUCGUACCUGCACAUACAGACCACAAACACCUGGUUCUUAUAGUAGUAGAUACGUCGAGGAACGUUUUGACGAGCGACUUCAAGAACCAGGAACUUCUCGCACAUACAAAAGUCCAAUCCAUACAUCUUCUCCUCGGUUAGUAUAUCAUGAUCAAGACUAUAGUGGUCAAUCAUCUUCACCUAGAUCAAUUUAUCGUGAUCAAGAAUAUCAAACUCGAAGAGGUUGGUCAAAGAAAUAUGAACAAGAAUUUGAUCGAAGAGAGUAUGAAGAAAGAGAAUUAAAGCAGGAUGAUGACAGUCCUGUUUGUGAAGUUUGUCAUGGAAAUGGUCAUAUUGUUCAAUGUGAACAUUGCGAUUUUUCUAGCGAAGGUGAUUUAAUAUGUUUCCGAUGCCAGAGUGAUGAAGGUUCAUCAAAUGGUCAAAGUUGUCCUCGUUGUGAGAAAAAUGAAAGAAUAUUAUCAAGUAGAUCGCAAAGAGGAACAUCAUCCAGCGAUGAAGGAAAAUACCCAGUAGAUGCUGUAGUAAAAAUACAAGUUAAUGAUCAUAUGAUUGAUGUAGAUUCAGAUGAGACACCUGAAAGUGACUUAUCAAGUAGUCAUCAUCAUCAAAGGAGUACAAUGGAACGAUUAGAUACUAUUGUUGAGGCAAAAGGAGACACUGCCAGUGAAAAUGACGAGGAAAAUGGGGGUACAAAGUUAAAUGGAACUAGUAGUGCAAGAUAUCUCAAUUAUAUGAUUGUACUGUUUCUGUAAAUAACAUGGUUAUGGUAGCUGCAGUUGAGCUAUGGAUUAUGUUGGUAAAUGGAGAGUGUUGUUUUGUUGAAGCUAUCAAUUAAAAAAUAAUUUUUAAUCUUCAUUAUAAACUAUUAUAAUACAUUUCUUAUUAAAAAUAUAAUAGUGUUAUGCUAUAUUGGAUUUAUAAACUAAAAUUAUAUAAUACAAAUCUAAUAUUUCCUUCACUAAUGUUAGACUAGUAAUGAGAUUAUAAAUAGUACAAGUAACAAAUAUUGAUAAAUAUUUCUCAAAAAAUUUUUUUAUAAUGCAAUAAAAAUUAGUUGAAACAUUUUCAAAAUAAAUAAAUAAAUAAAAACCAAGGAAACAUUAGAUUGGAACAUUUUACACUUUCUUAUUAUACUAUUUCAAGUUCUCAUAUUAUGUGUAAAAUUUCUAAACGAUUUAUACUAAAAAUUUUGGAAAUCAACUUACUAAUAUUCAACAACGAUACUCUUCAUCUAAGUCGAAGCAUUUUCAAAAGUAUAACUUCGAUGCACGAAAAAAUCUAUUGAUUUUAACGUGUCAUAACUUUUCAAAAUGUUCCGUACACAGAUUGCUUGACAUCGAAAUUUGUUGCCGUAUGAUAUUUUCGGCGCCGUAGCUCAACUUGCAUGUAAAUAAACUGCCAAAGGAACAUUCAUCCGUAUAUCGUAGGGCCGUAUAGGUUAAUAGGUAACUCGUAAUGUUUAAAAUGCUAUAUGAGAGAAUGAGAAA